UUUAAGUUAAUUAAUAUUUAUUUUCAAUAUUAUUUUCUUGAUUUUGGAUAUUAUACAGAAACACAUUCAUCCAUGGCUAUUAGGGCAAUUUUCCUAAUUACUAUAGUGUGUUAUAUUUCAUACUAUUGUAAUGCUUUUGGAGACUACACCACAAAACUAUCAAGACUAGAAGAGUUGGAAAUUGAGAAAGAGCUUAAUCUUUUGAAUAAACCACCAAUAAAGACUAUUAAGAGAGAAGAUGGAGUUAUUUACGAUUGUAUUGAUUUCUUCAAACAACCUGCAUUUGAUCACCCUUCGUUGAAGAAUCAUACUUACCAUUAUAAGAUUAAACCCUCGUCUCGUCCUAAUUUAAGUGAACAUAAAGAUUCAUCUAAAAUAAAAUUAAAAGGCUUAAAUUGUCCAAUUGGAACGGUUCCUAUUAGGAGAACUACAAAAGAAGAUCUUAUCAAAUCCAAAUUAUUUACAAAAGUAUAUGGUUCACUCACUCUUGAAAAACCAGGUCUUCAUCAUGCUGUGCUUCGAACAAUAUCUGAUCCUAAAAGGAGAUAUAAUGGAGGUGGGGCAGUAAUGAGUAUUUAUAACCCUACUGUGGCUGGCUCACAAUAUAGCUCAUCUCAAAUGACUAUUAAAAAUGGACCUGAUUCCAUACAAGUUGGAUGGACAGUUAAUCCUACUUUGUACGGGGACAGUAAAACUCAUGCGUUCACAUUUUUACAAGCCGGUGGAAAUUCUUGUUUUAACACACAAUGUCCUGGCUUUGUUAUUGUUAGUACUGAGAUACCUCUUGACUACACUUUUGACCAAGUUUCUCAACGUGGUGAAACAAUAUACGAUACCCAAUUUUUUAUUUAUCGGGAUCCAACAAAUGGAAAUUGGUGGCUUGAAUAUGGAAAAGCAGGUACUCAAAUCGGGUUUUGGCCCGGACGCAUAUUUAGUGCUCUAAAUACAGAUUUAGCUUCGUACAUGGAAUGGGGUGGAGAGGCAUACAGUCCGCCAGGACAACCUAAUCCAGAAAUGGGUAAUGGGUUCCGUACAACAGGAGAUCAAAAAAAAGAUUCAUUUAUUGAACAAAUGACAACCGUUGAUGAAUCUCAUAAACAAGUUAUUUUUGACAAUGCUGAAGUCUUCAUUGAUGCAAAAAAAUUGUACAGUGUUGAUGAUUGGAAAAUAAGAGGUGAUCAUGGUCAUGUUAUGUCUUUUGGAGGUCCAUUUUUUGAUCAAUGAUCCUAUUCAAUUUUAUUUUUUCUACUCCAAAGUCUAAAUUAUAUUUUGUAUUUUGUGUCAACAUAUCAAUAAAUAAGUUUGACAGUAAUUAUUUUAAAUAAAAAAUAACAUUUAUUUAAGUUGAGUAAUAUAUAUCUCAUGUUAUUUCAAGUAGGCAAAUAUUAGAUAGAAGAAAUUAUAUGGUAUACCCAUUUUUUUUUACUUGUUGUAAUUUUUACAUUUAUUUUUAUAUC